AAAGUGGCCUGAAUGCCCAAGGGUUGUCACUCUCACCUCCCUCGUUUUCAAAACUUAUGCCAGAAUGUUUUUUUUUAAUCAUUUGCUCCCAAGCGGAAACUGAAAGUUUUAAUGAUUAUAGCAGCAAGACUUUACCUUUAAUUGGAUUACUAACAACUGCAGCAGUCCCUUGCGAAACGGACACAGCAGCUUGUGUGAGGAAUUUACACAGACGUUUCAGCUUCACAAUGGAAACUUCACUCAAAGGAAAAGUUGCUUCGAAGAUUGAGUUCCCACCCGCAAAUGAGAAACACUCCCGACUUAAUAAUCUGAAGUUAUUUCUUGCGGCCUUGUCCUGCUUGUACUUUGCAAAAGCGUUAUCAGGGAGCUAUAUGAAGAGUACAAUAACGCAGAUAGAGAGACGCUUCGAUAUUCCAAGUUCACUCAUUGGUGUUGUUGAUGGAAGUUUUGAAAUCGGGAACCUGUUGGUGAUUGUAUUUGUGAGCUACUUUGGAGCAAAGUUUCACAGGCCCAGGCUAAUUGCAAUUGGAAGUGUGGUAAUGGCUAUUGGAACUUUUUUAAUAGCUUCACCUCAUUUCUUCAUGGGACG